AAUUUAAAUUCGCGCCAGGCACAGCGUCGCCAAUUAUUUAGAACAAAACUAAAAGAAACUAGAAAAAACGUUUGGAGGUAAAUUUAUUUGUGUUCAUUUUGGCAAUUUGCUGAAUCACUGUGCUCCCAAAUUUAGAAUGGACAGUUCAGUGACUAUUGAUGGUUACUUUGUUGAUUUAAUUGACGAUAAGUGGCGUUCCGAGAAGCUGCCUCACGACGAUAUCAACGUCCCCACGCACGAGCUCGCCGACCCCGAGGCCGACUCCGGAGACAUCCACUUAACCCUCCAGGAGCAAGAACAAAAGUGGACCGACAUUGCCCUCAGUGCACUAAGCGAACACCAGUGAUGGA